UAUCGUUACACCCCUAAUAAAUAGAUAGAUAGAUAGAUAGAUAGAUAGAUAGAUAGAUAGAUAGAUAGAUAGAUAGAUAGAUAGAUAGAUAGAUAGAUAGAUAGAUAGAUAGAUAGAUAGAUAGAUAGAUAGAUAGAUAGAUAGAUAUUUAAUCACAUGUAUUUAUUAAUAUAUUGUGGGACUCUCGAAGGGAUCACCGGUGUUUGAGUGAUGUUCCACUUAUUUAUUUUCUUUCUGUGUGUUCGUAUUUGUCAUGGUGAUCGUUCUGGUGUUUGUUUAACUAGGCUGCAUGUAUUUUUUUGUGAAUACUGAUUUCUCCGACUCCCCGAAAAGGCACCACCGCGAUCGGUGAGGGGAGGAGAAAAACGAGAGAAGAAGAGAGGUGAAAGAGGCGGUUGUGUAGAAGUGGAAGACGAAUAAAACCACCCUGGGAAACUCAAAACUUGUCCCUCGUUGUGACUCGGGGCCGUAACAAUAUUUAAUGAUAUUCAGAACUACUGAGAUAGAUAGAUAGAUAGAUAGAUAGAUAGAUAGAUAGAUAGAUAGAUAGAUAGAUAGAUAGAUAGAUAGAUAGAUAGAUAGAUAGAUAGAUAGAUAGAUAGAUAGAUAGAUAGAUAGAUAGAUAGAUAGAUAGAUAGAUAGAUAGAUAGAUAGAUAGAUAGAUAGAUAGAUAGAUAUUUAAUCACAUGUAUUUAUUAAUAUAUUUAAUGAUAUUUAGAACUACUGGGAGAAAUCGUUUUUUUUUUUUUUAAUAUACUGUAGUAGAGGUGUAACGAGUUCAAAUCUGACAUAUUUUCAGGUAAGCUGAUUGCCAAACAUUUCCCAUAGUCAUCUGCUAGCAAAGAGGAGCACUUUGUGAUCAAGCAUAGGACGAAGCUGAUUGAGUCCGAGACCAACAUCAAUCCAAUUCUGAACCUUCUGCUGGAGCAGAAAUGUGACAGUGUGAUGAUGGCAUAACAAUAAAAUGUGUGAAUUUACAAUGCGUACGUGACCAACAACUGCCCUGAUUGCCACUGAAAUGUUCCAUUUAAGAAAGAUAAUGUUUUAGAGGCAACUGGAUGGUUGUUUGUAUCAAAACAUUUGGUUCGGUGUGUAAUUCCACAAGAUCAUUUUUUAUUUUCUAGCUUUGACCUUUUAAAAACAUGGAAUAUUACAUUUGGGUGUGGAUGAUGCAACCCGGAAGUGCAGUCGGAAAUAAGACGGGGGAAUUCCUAUUUGUGCUUUAUCAUUAUCGUUUGUUUGUAUCGAAAGUGUCACACUUGUUUCAAACUACUAUAUAUAGUGUGUAUAUAUAUAUAUAUAUAUAUAUAUAUAUAUGAGUUGUUUUAACUCGUUUAAAGUAGUUUUAAAGUAGUUUAAAAUAAGGCGGUUCAUUCAAAUGGUUACAUGGUUGGCGGUGCUGCGUUCAAUGUACCUCGGUAAUAUGUGAGCCUUGAGUCAAUCAGUUGCGCUUUGCUCAAAAUUCAACUAUGUCAGGUAUGUAAGUGUGCCAGGUCAGAAUUAAUUCAGACCGGAUUGAUGACAUUUCACGAUAUUUUGCCAUGUGUGUUUGCUGUCGAGGUUGGGCGUGUCCAUUUCUGCAAAAUAAAAACAAACGCGAAAGUCCGCCCACAGCACAGCCGCGCUGCGUUCGGACCGCUCAUCUCGCUCGUUCACUAACUUCUCGACUUAAUUCCCCGCUAAAAAUUUGAAAUAAUGACCACUAUAAAGAGAUGCGUGAUGGCCGCGCUGCAAAACCUGGAUGAGGAUCAAUACAAAAUGUUCUGUAAUGCUCUGGUGGAUCGCCCCGGUGACAGAAGGGUGGAGGAAAACAAGGUCCGGAGGAAGGACUACAUCGACGUAACCAACGUGCUGGUGUCCACUUUCAGCGAGAACGGAACUCCAGCCGUGGUCAUCGAAUUGCUCGAGAAAAUCGGUUGCAGCGAUGAGGCCAAAGAUCUCGAUGACCGGAUUGCCGAACCUCUCCCAAAGUCAUCUGCUAGCAAAGAUAAGCACUUUGUGAGCAAGCAUAGGGUGAGGCUGACUGAGUCCGUGACCAACAUCAAUGCAAUUCUGCACCGUCUGCUGGAAAAGAAGGUCAUCCAUGAUGGGAUCUAUGAUGAAAUCCACGAUGCAGAGGGCAACCAGGAAAAGAUGACCAAGAUCUACAAGCUGGUUCUCAAGUCCGGCAACCGUGCCAAGGACAUUUUCUUGGAAAUCCUCAAGGAGCAAGAGCCGGCCCUCGUGGAGGAGCUGGAGAACUUUCCAAUACAAGAGGAGCACUUUGUGAUCAAGCAUUGGUCGGAGCUGAUUGAUUCCCUGACCAGGAUCAAUCCAAUUCUGAACCGUCUGCUGGAAAAGAAGGUCAUCCAGGAUGAGGUCUAUGAGGAAAUCCACGAUACAAAGGGCAACCAGGAAAAGAUGACCAAGAUCUACGAGCUGGCUCUCAAGUCCGGCAACCGUGCCAAGGACAUUUUCUUGGAAAUCCUCAAGGAGCAAGAGCCGGCCCUCGUGGAGGAUUUGGAGAACAUAGCGUAGAUGUCUGUCCUCCUAUUUCCACUCUGGCUAAUUUACAGAAUUCCACUUUUCUCUACGCACGACCUUUUCCGGAGACUAAGAGUACCAAACAAAGUCAAAAUGUUAAAACAAGUGUUUGAUACACAGAUCAGCGUUCUCUUCUGAUAAGUUCCGCAUGCUCGAUGGCCCUGCUGAGGUAACUUGGUGAUAAAGCGCUGCCUCAACAUGUGAACAUCCAAUUUUAUGGGCUUUCAACUUUAACCUCAGUUUAUUGGACAUGCCACACCCUCAAAACUGGCUCAUUUUCACUCGUGGAGGCAACAGGAUGCAGUCCAUUGUGUGUUUGUCACAUUCGGAAUGGUGCCGGACGACUCGGUGCCGCUUGCACCAGGGUUUAUUGAAGGGAAAAGACACGAUGACGGGAACAAACAGGCAGGAGAACACAGUGAGGUAUGGGCAGCAGAAAAGGACGGGAACCAGACGUGGGAAGAUCUAGACGGAGUGAAAACGAUAAGCAAGAUUUUUUACUGAUCAAAAAAUUACAGGGAGUGACAUGCAGACAUAUAUACAAUACUGGUAACAAGGGGCAGCGGAGCGGAGAUGUGAUACAAUUCGUGCAAACAAUUCUCAGGAAAUAUUGCAACAAUUUGAUUUUAAAAUCACUUUGAUUCAACUUUUAAUCUUAUGUCUUCUGGCUGUUGUCUCGAUCAAUAAAACAUGAGGGUGGAAUGCA